AUGUACGAUACGCCCAGCCCCAGCGCGCAGGACGACGGCGCUGCGCCCGCAGCGUCGUCUCACACAGGAACGGGGCGAAAAGCCACCGUUUCUUUGCAGCUGUUUGAGGCGAUGCGUAGAAAUGGCAACGCACAAGGUACAGAUACCGGCAAAGCAGCGCAAAGCAGCCCGACGCGCGCGGCAGUAGACGAGCGGCGAGCGAGCACACCGUCGUCCCUAAUUGCCCACAGCACGACACUUUCACCCCCAGUACAGGACGUGGAACGCUUUAUUUUAUACGACGACGAUACCGCGCAAGAACUCUCUUCGCGGGCCUCUUCGAGCACCGGCUUAAGCAGCGAUGACUCGGAGAGCGAAUCGAGCGUCGGCGCCGGCGCCGGCGAGCUGUACAGUGCGAGUCAACCGAAAGGCAGUGGUGCACAGACGAUAACCAUCCCUUCGCCACAUUUGUUUGACGGUCGACCUGCGCCGCCUUCAAGUCAGAAACACCAUCACCACGUCCUGGAUUCGUCGGAGCCGCUCCCGAAUGUAGUGCAGCUGCAGCCGUUUAACCAUCAGGUUGGCGGGCACCAUCAUAUCUUUCAAUUCUCACGGCGUGCCGUGUGCAAGCCGUUGGUUUCGCGCGAGAAUCAGUUUUACGAAGCACUCGAGCACGACCACCCCGACAUGCUUGUAUUUGUACCGCAAUACCUCGGCGUGCUGAACGUGACUUACCGCCAUGUCCAGCGCGAUGACAGCGAAAUAGAGCAGCAGGAAGCCCGGAGGCGUAUUUUUGAAGAAGACGACGAAAACGAGGUGCCUGAAGUGGCACUCUCGAUGAACGAGCACAUCAUGCCCGACUGGCUGCUGCGCAAAUCGCGCAUGCAGCGACAUGCGAGCCAAGGCUAUGCAGAGACGGAACAUGAUAAAGACAGCCCCACGCUCUCGUGCCGCUCCACGUCUAUGGACAGCGAAGUAGCGAGCCCAUCGAGCAUUAUCGGCACAGGCAGCACCACGGUAAACCGCAGGCUCCAGGAGCAGGUCCUCCGCGAGGUGUUUCACCGGUCGAAACAUGGGCGCCCCAAACGCGCUGCCCCAAGCGACGCCCCGCGCGAACGGCUCGCCAAGUCGUGGGAUGGCCUCAAGGGCACCGAACUGAGACUAUCGCAGACGCGCUUGGGCGAGGAUUCCGGCUGGGAACCAGCACGGCAUGUAUCCGUAGGCGGCGUCCAUCCCGAGCGACAGAAAGCAGAGCGCGCGCCGAAACCGUGUGCUGCGGAGAGCACCAAACCAGAGCAGUUCAUCUUGCUGGAGGACCUUACCGGCGGCUUAAAAGCCCCUUGCGUCCUCGACCUCAAGAUGGGAACGCGGCAGUACGGCAUGGAUGCGACUGACGCCAAGAAGCGGAGCCAGACCAAGAAAUGCAAUGCAACGACGAGCGGCACGCUUGGAACGCGUUUGUGUGGAAUGCAAAUGUAUGACGCGCGCGUCGACGAGUUUGUUUUUUGCGACAAGUACUAUGGCCGCAAGAUUUUGUCGCAAGAUUUCACCACCGAGCUCGAGCGCUUUUUCUCCAACGGCCAUCAUGUCCUGCUUCACCACAUACCUGCGAUGAUCACCAAGCUGUAUAGUCUCGCGCGCGAGGUUCGGAAACUGCACGGAUACCGUUUCUAUGCGAGCAGUCUUUUGCUCAUUUACGACGGCGAUGUAAAGCGCCAGCAUAGCCUGCUCGAUGCAUUUGAGCGGACGCUUCCGUGUGCGGGAUCGCGCACUUCGAGUGUCUCUGGCUCCAGUGUGAGCUCGGACCAGCUCGGCGUCCUUAGCGAGGCUAGUACUAACACCUCGCCCUCUUUUCCCCCCUCGUCGUUUUCCUCUGCCACGGUGUUGACCCUCCCCUCGCCAAAACUGGCCCCUACGCCGAGCCCCGCCCAAGCGGCGCAGCUCGAGACAGGUGAUACACACUUGCGCCGCCAGCGCCGCCAUGGAAACGUAACAAUCCGUAUUAUUGACUUUGCACACUGCACGACAGGCAAAGACUUCUACUUUCCCGAGGACCAAGCGAUGCGUCCGCCGACCACGCCAGAGGAACAGGCAAUGCCGAUUGCGCGGCUCCCGCCGCACCACAGAGAUAUGCCCGAUUCAGGCUACUUAUGGGGCCUCCGUUCUCUCACCAAAUCGUUUUACGAGAUCUGGUACAGAGAACGCAUGCGGCGGAUCAAAACAGCGCUCGCUGCGCUUUCUGACGAUGCUACGUUCACAACAAGGGAGUAUGCAACGCGCAGUGUAGAUAUUGGCGAGCUGUAUGUCCCUGGCGGCGAAAUUUUCGUCGAUAUGUUUGGCUCCGACGGCCGUCAAGGCGACCUCUCCGGCUACAUUUCCACCUAG